AUGGAUCCAUCGGAAAUUCCUUUUGAUAUGGAUCCUUCAGAACUUCUUUUUGAUAUCGAAGCUUACAAAAGACAAUCUGAAAUUGAAGAAAGGUAUAUCCUCAACCAGUUUAGAGAGCGUCGAAAGAAAAUCGAGGAAGACUAUCCACCUCGUAGCAAGAGGAGAUACCACAAGAGAGAUCAUGCAGCGGCAAAUCAAAGAUUGAUUGACGACUACUUUUCCAAUCAACCUACAUAUGAUGAUACAAUGUUUCGUCGACGAUUUCGGAUGCGGAAACAUGUCUUUCUCCGAAUUGUAGAGGACCUAUCAAGAAGUGACGAUUACUUCACUCAACGAUUUGAUGCAGCUAAUAAAGAAGGUAUAUCUCCACUAGCGAAAUGUACCACAGCCAUGCGGAUGUUAGCAUAUGGUAUGGCAGCCGACGCAGUUGAUGAAUACAUCAAAAUUGGAGGUACAACAGCUUUGGAGUGCUUGCGUAGGUUUUGUAAGGGAAUCAUACAAUUGUACGAGCAAGUGUAUCUGAGAGCCCCAACUGAAGAUGACCUACAAAGAAUUUUGCAUGUUAGUGAAAUGCGAGGGUUCCCGGGAAUGAUUGGGAGUAUUGAUUGCAUGCACUGGGAAUGGAAAAAUUGUCCUAAAGCGUGGGAAGGACAAUAUACUCGGGGAGACAAGGGAACUACCACAGUUAUUCUUGAAGCGGUCGCAACCCAUGAUCUAUGGAUCUGGCAUGCUUUUUUUGGAUGUCCAGGCACAUUGAACGAUAUAAACGUUCUAGAUCGUUCACCAGUGUUCGAUGAUGUUGAACAAGGAAAUACUCCAAGAGUGAACUUCUUCGUGAACCAACGACCUUACAAUAUGGCGUACUAUCUAGCUGACGCCAUGUAUCUGAUGGUAACGGUUGGUGAUCUCCACCAUGUCAUGACGAGGGUUGUUAAAGGUUCUGGCGCGGCAAGGAUCUCAGACCCUCCUCCGGUUAGAUGA